AUGGUGCUGUCCAAGCGAGACACGGGGAACUGCCCCGCGCUCAGCCAGCCGCGCUGCCAGAUCCUCGUGCAGCGCUGGCUCUGUCCGCCGUCCUCGGCGACGACAGCAAAGUCAGCUCCGACCAGCCGGCCAGCGACGUCCAAGUCGCGCUUUGCUGGCCGGCACCUGGGCGGCGUGUACCCUGGUACCGGGUACCCUGGUACCGGGUACCCUGGUACCGGGUACCCUGGCACCGGAUACCCUGGUACCGGGUACCCUGGUACCGGAUACCCGGGCACCGGAUACCCGGGCACUGGGUACCCCGGUACCGGAUACCCUGGUGGCAACCCCUACAUACGGCCGUCGUACUGCAAGAACUGGUGCCGACGGGACAACUACUACCCAGGGCUGGGCCGGCAGCAGUACUACUGCUGCGACAGGCGCGGACCGGACGUGUACAGGCCCCAGCCGCUGGUGGUCGGCCCCCCGCGGCCCUACGUCUACCCCGGAGGACAGCAGAAGGUGUGCCCGCCGCCGCAGCCCGUCUGCCUGCGCGCCUACGGCCUGGCAUCUCCCCCGACUGAGUGCUACAGCGACUCGGAAUGCUCCACGGCCGACAGCUGCUGCUUCGACACCUGCCUCAACCACAAGGUGUGCAAGACCGCUGACUAUGUGGACACGCGGACGGGGCCGUACUCCCCGCAGAGGGGCGGCUCCAGGCGCAGGCACGGGCAGAACGCGCACCGCCGCAGGGGCGGCGGCGGCGGCCCGCUCGCCGGCCUCCUCAGCGUCUUCGCGCGCGACGCCGCGCACGACGACCCGAUUGUCGCCAGUGACGAUGCGGCCGUCGUCAGCGCCGACGACCACAGCGGCGGCAAGGUGCGCUUUGCGAGCGAGAAGAAGGCGGCCCUGGAUAAGACGCCCGGGUCGGGCGUCGACGCCGCGUGAGCGCCCCUGCACCCAUUGCUCACCGGCCACCGGCCAUCAGGUGGCUGGUAUUGGUGUCAAGGUCGGUGGUGUCCCGUGGGUGUCGAGCGGCAGGACCGGUGCGUGAGUCACUGGGCCCACUGCCGGGUCAUUUCCAUUCUCCAGCGGCGAGCGGCGAUGGUGCCCACACUGACCACCGCUUCCGCAUGAGAACGCGACGUUGCGACAGACAGCUCGUACAUUUCCGUGGCGUACUAGGAGGUGCUCUGUGACUGGCGGGUGACCUUGUGGCGACCUUGUGGUAUGCAUGAGGUGUGUGUCGCGGAUAGCGAGAGUGUUGUAGUGAUGGCUUUACGCCAACAACGCGGGAAGGCACCUGAGGGAUCACGGGCAUUUGAAUUGUCAACACGUAAACUGGAGCCUUGAGAAAGCUUAUGGCAAUAUUUUCCCGGGCGUUAAAGUUCUGGAAGAUUGCCUCAUUUCUCCUUUUUUAUUUAUGAACGUUUCCCAAUGAGCGCUGAGAUGUUAAUUUAUUCGAAUGCAAUAGGUUGAAGUGAAAAGUGGCGGCGUCGAUAGUGAUGUUGCACCAUGAACGUUUGCCAUUGUUUUGCUGACCUCUGUAUCAAUGCGUAAAAUAAUAUGCGUGCGUCAAAUAAAGCAGAAAUAAUACUACUCUCUGGAAAUAUAAAGCUGCGCUACUA